CCCAGACAAUCGUGGAAGUUAGCUCUAACGGUGCAGAUGAGAUAACUCUUGAUUUGUCCACAAUUGCUGAAGUUCAGUUCAAGUUACAUACGCUGCAGCAACUGGUUACUUAUCUGGAGAAUGCAGCAACAAUCACUGAGGCAAAGGAUGGUUGUCUAGAGGCCAUAUUGGAGCAGUAUUGGGGCGGGGAAACCUCUAACCUGGUAGAAGCUUUAAAAGAUAAAAGGGAUAAGAAAAUCAUGCAAGAUGUGUCUGCCUGGGCCGCAGAGGAUGAGGAAGCAGUGGUUCUCUUUGCAGUCAGUGGUAUAUCACUGGGGGAAGUGGUCGAGAAGUUUCCCAUUCCAGUACAUGUUGACAGCUCUUCCCAAGUGGGUUACAGGUCAUCAUGGUUAAAUGUCAACGAGAAGCUGUAUAACAUUGACAAAGAUUCUGGAAGAGCUUGGUCUCUGUGGUUCAUACCAGAUAAAGCAGAGGAGAGUUCCAAAGUGUUUGGGGGAGUCAAAAUAGAUGACACCUUCCACAGCAAGCUGGAGACUGUGGACUUUCCUGUACGACAACCUGUUGAAGCAGAAGCAACAGACUCAGACCUCGCAACAAACAUAGACUUUGUAAUGGACACAGACCCCCCAACGGACACAGACCUCCCAACAGAUGCAGACUCAGAGACAGAACCCCUUUCCCCAAUGAUUUUGACCGUCCUCACAUCAGAUGAUGCUUUGAAACUGCUUGCUGAAACAGAGGCACCAGACGCAGACCUCGCAACAGACUCAAACUGCCAAACAGAUGCAGACCUCAAAACGGUCACAGACCUCACAACAGACUCGGACGCAGACCCUCUUUCCCCAAUGAAUUUGACCAUCCUGACAUCUGAGGAUGCCAUGAGACUGUUUUGCCAGAUCGAAAAUGGCUCUGACCUCCAACUCGGGUCCCAUGAACCAUGCUCUGAAAACAAAGACAAGACAAAAACAAAGCAACUAGAGAAUAUAGGAAGUGGCAGCUUAGAUAAGUCCUGCUACUGUCCUUGUAUUAUUGAAAGUGACAACGGGUUUGAAAGUGGCCUAUGCACCAGUUGUCAGAGAGAGAAAGGAUUGCAGCAAGGUACAAGAUGCAUAACAAUCGCUCAAUGCUUUACCCUGUCAGAUACAAGCGACAAUUCAGAUCAGGAGACAGAAGAGGUCCCUAAGGACUCUGGGGGGAAGGCGACUGUGGACAAUCAAUGCAGGGACAAGAAGCAGAUACAAUCAACUGAAGAAGAUUGGGAUGACAAUCAAUCCAGUGACAAUAAGACAGAGGGAGAAAUGCAGCAUUGUAUAGGUGUCACAACGAUCACUGACUUUAUUUUCUGGUUAGAUACAAUUCAGGAUUCAGAUCAGGAGACAGAGGAGAACCCUAAUGAACAACAUGCUCAGAUUGAGGUUCAUGCUUCUAAUGUUAAAAGGACAGAGCCUGAAACUGAUGCGAACGCACCCUGUGAGUCAGCCCAAGAACAUACUACCCAAAGCAAAGUCAGUCCUGGUUCUGAGGAUAGGGAAAGAUGGCAAGAGAAGGACCAAGACUGUAAGACGAGUACAUUACCACUUCCCAAGGUUGAAAACCCCUCUAAGUUAAGCGCUAACAUCAUAGCAGACAAGUGGUGUUCACUUAUAGAGGACUGUGGUUCACCUGCAGAUAAGUAUGGCAAAGUUGCUGACUUUGUCACUCAAUACAAAACCUCCAAGUCAAAGAAAAAAGUAAAAGAAAAAAUGGAAAAGGAGGAAACCCUCAAUCCAGCAUCAUCUGACAGACAAAAGCCCAAGAAACGUCAUGGUAGAGCAGAGAGGGGACGGUCACCAUCCCAACCCCCUAAGAGCUCUGGGGUGAAGGCAACUUUGAAUAAUCAACGCAGGGACAAGAAGCCACAUGCGUCACACAAGAGGAGACAUUUGACUGAGAGUGAUGAAAAUCGAUGCAAAGACAAGAAGAGGGGAUCAUCAACUGAGAAAGAGCGUGAGGGCAGUCAAUCCAGGGACAAUAAGCCACCGAAGAGGAGAAAUUCAACUGAAACUGAAGGCAGGAGCUCUGAUGACUCCAAAGAGUUACAAUGCCAGUUGGUGGAAAGAGACAAGGACAGCAGCAGUAGAAACUCACCGCCGUGCCCUGGGGUGAAAACCCUCCAUGUGCUGGGAUCCUCAACUACCACUGUUCCUCUCAAACUCUCCAUAAACAUCCCCAAAAAGCCUUCCACAAAUGGCUCAACACAUACUGAGGAAGUCCCCAAAAUGCCAAAGACAAAAUCCCCGAACAAAACUAGCAGACACCACUCCCCUGCAAAGUCAGUGUCUCCUGUUGUCAAAGAGAGGCAGAGGAACGGUGUCAAACACAAGCAAAGAAUUCAACCCCUAAAAGUCAGAUUGAAAAAGCUGUCCUUGCCCAAAUAUCUUAUCAGUAAAGGUUCCCCACCAAGCUGGAAGAGAGAGGAAGGUUCCCCACCAAGGCAGAAGUGGGUGGAGGAUAGAGGAGAGCCUCUGGGUUUAGGUGUAAUGGUCUCUAAGAAUCCUGACUCAUGCAAGAAACUAAAAUGUAAGGCAGAGAGCGACUUGACAUCCCAACAGAUGUUGUCAAAGAUUCUGAAGGUGUUGAAUGAGAAAGGAACGUUGUCAAAAAGUGAGCGUGAGCACGACUCGCUGCCCCCCAAGCUAAAGCUGCCAAGGAUUCCGAAGCUUCUGAGGACUCCAGAGGUUUCAAAGGAUGGGAAUGAGAGAGAGAACAGAGAAGAGACAUCUCCCAGUGCUUCACCUGAAUCACAAAUGCUGAACAAACCUGCAAGAGUGGCACACAAGCCCAAACCUUUUAUCAAGCCUGCCAGUCCCAAUGGUUAUAGCCCAGCUAGUCAUGCUUUCCCUAAUCUGGCUAGGAUAUCACCGCAACAUGGCAACAGACAUUUUGGCCCAAAAGUUACUGCGAGGCAGCAGGUGUUCUCAGAUUGGGAGAGCAGCUUUGUCCCGACUCCAACCCUCCGGACUCGUAGACGAUCUGGGUGUCCUCCAGAGGAAGUGGAAGGUCCACAGGCCAGUCCCAGAUCCAGCUCGGAGACCAGGAUCAUUCGACCCAUUCUUAAAUGUGUCGAUUCUCUGCCGAAACCCAAGCGGAAUGUCAACUUUCCUUUGAAUCCAGUGAACGUGCACUACUUCAAGCCCUGUGAAUAUGAAAAUGACGUAAUGUUCAACAGGUCUUACACAGAUCCGGAAGAUGCACAGCGUUCUGACGAUGAAGAGGAAGAUGCUUCUGUGAACUGCCAGAAUACGAAGCAACAGCCCCCUAUAAGGGAAGAGAAUCGGCAAGAUAUAGGGGAGCUGAAGCCUGGACCAAGCGGUGCAUGUGAAAAGAGCUUCAAAAGGAAGCGGGAAAUGCAGGAGCCUGCUGCCAUUUUGAUGAAGAAGAGCAUUGUUCAGGCAAAGCAUUGGACGAAGUCUCUCCAUCGUGAACCUCCGAAAGACUCCAGACACUCGGUAAAAAUAACUGUAGUUGGUUACAAGUGGUCAGAGAAGCAGAAGAAGAGGCCAAAUGAAAUUGAAGGUUCCUCUCUGAAUGCAAGCCUCCCUCACGGUCAACAUCCAGGUUCCUCUCAGAAUGUAAGCCUCCAUCGUGGUCACCAUUCAUCCUCCAGCCAAGGGAGAAGAGUUGAUCCAACAGCCAGUCACCAUAGCUCUCCUGUGGAUGAAUGGAUCGAGCGGUGGUCAGGAGAUUGGUAAGCAUAUCAGUCGGCCCUGACAGGAUACACGAGACAGAAAAGUAGUUGAUGGCAACUGGCAAAGACAAUACUUUUACCUCAAACCUGGCAUUAUGCAUAUGCUGUACUUUUUUAAAACUUGAAGCAUUACAGACAGUGCCUAUAAAGCCAUAUUUAGGCUACAUUAUGCAGUUUACUUUUCUAUAUGUUUAUUAUUGUUUGACCAUGCUGGUCAUUUAUGAACAUUUGAACAUCUUGGCCAUGUUCUGUUAUAAUCUUCACCCGGCACAGCCAGAAGAGGACUGGCCAGCCCUCAUAGCCUGGUUCCUCUCUAGGUUUCUUCCUAGGUUUUUGGCCUUUCUAGGGAAUUUUUCCUAGCCACCGUGCUUCUACACCUGCAUUGCUUGCUGUUUGGGGUUUUAGGCUGGGUUUCUGUACAGCACUUUGAGAUAUCAGCUGAUGUAAGAAGGGCUAUAUAAAUACAUUUGAUUUGAUGUUUGUAUCUGUUUUUAAAUGAAUAAACAUCAGAUUUCUCUCCCUAUAAUAGGUUCGGUUAGCUGUUGUUGAAACAGUCUGAAGAAUGUUUUAUAUACCAUGUGUUAUUGUUACUCUUGACACCUAAGGGUGAUUGGUGUUCGCGUACUCUUAUAGUAUUGUUUGCUUACAUUGUUAGAGCAUCAUAGUGAUUGAAUCAUCAUAGUGAUGGUAUUGUAAAUUGUAUUUUGUAUGUUUACAGUCUUUUUUAUUGACUAUUUUUAUUGCGGCCAGAACCAAAGCUAAAGGGGAGAAACCAGACUGAACUUAUUGUUUUCUGAGAUUCUGCUGUCCCGUACAUAAAAAGUGUGUCAAUUGUAACAGGUUUUUUAACACUGGUGAUAAAAUGAAUCAUAGAUAUCCGUCAUCAAAUGAAAUUUGAAAGCCGUUAUCACUUUGUUUGAUGUAGUUCCUUGCACUGGGUUUAUAGUUAUCUGUGGCCGUAGAUGUUAUUUGUAGUUAAAUUCAACUACUGCUAAUGUUUUGGGUAUUGAGGAAUGUAUGUACUUUACAGGUCUCUGGCUUUAUACUUCGUUUUAAACAUUGGUCGAAAUGCCGUCUUUUUACACAUUUUUAUAUAUGUCAGUUUUUGUCCAUUUUCAUGUUGUACUGUUUUAUUUUACCUCUGAUGUUUACUGUAUUGUUAUGGCACUGAACUAAUAUAUAAAUACAGAAAAUAUGUUUUUGUCUUUA